AUGGGCUGGCUCUGGGCAUCAACCCCGGCUCCCAAGCCAACCGAGUCGUCGCAGGACGCGCGCGUCGAAUCGAAACCACCCACAACUGCCCAAACCGCCGCUCCCAACGAGCCCGUCGACCCCGAGAUCCAAAAGUUCUACGACCUCUUCAAGAACGACGAAUCAUCAUCACCCUCCAACACCAACCCUUCAGAACCUCCCAACGACCAGCAAAAGUCCACGCUAGCCUCGUGGCUCACCCUGAAAGCGUCCCCCAAGUCCUCACAAGCGCCACCCGAGGCACCCAUCGGCGACCCCCUCGCCGAAUCCCUCCUCCCGACCGAAAUGUCCUGCCGCCAGGCUUUCGACCUCGCCUGGUCCUGCAACUCCCUGGGCGGCCAGUUCAACGCCGUCUACCGCUACGGCGAGAUGCGCUCCUGCUCCGAGCAGUGGGACGACUUUUGGUUCUGCAUGCGCACCAAGUCGUACACCGGCGAGCUCAAGGACAAGAUGGUCCGCGCGCACUACCGCGAGAAGGAGUGGCGCAAGUACGGCGCUGGGAAGCCCAGCUCUGAGGAUAUCUGGGAGAGCCGGACAGAAAAGGUGCCGCCGGGCACCGCGUUUACAGAGAGGGUUGAGCCCCCGACGGUCAGCGACGAGGAGUGGCGGAAGACCGAGGACGCGAGGAGGAGAGCAGUCCGAACAGAACUUGGGCACGACAAGGCUUCAUGA